UAUUUGACUACCUACUCAGUUGCAUACGAGGAUUACAGAAGGUAAGGUUAUAAGCGUGUUGAAAGGCAGUUAAUUCUGAUUUAGCACGUAGCAAGAUGAUCAGAGAUAAAAUGUCAGGCCUUACAUGGGCGACUUUGAAAAAGAAUUCAAUGCUACUGCCACUGUUCUUCUGUAUUGGAAUGGGGGCACUUGGAUCGUCGUGUUAUUUAUUACGUCUCGCUUUCCGAAGUCCUGAUGUUACAUGGUCCACUAAGUCAAAUCCUGAACCAUGGAAUGACUAUUCGAAUAAGGAUUAUAAGUUCAUAACAAUUCAGGAUACCUCUAAGUUCAGAGCUGAACCUCCGAAGUACUAAAAGCAUGUUCUUUGUAUAUUAGUAUUAAUUGUAGAUAAUUAAAUGAUAAUCGAAUUGUCCCAUUAUUUAUAUUCAUAUUUUUCGAACAACCGUCAAUAAUGUAGAUGCAAAUUAUAUAUAA